AUGCUGUCUCUCCAAGGACUUGGCGUACUGAUGCUUCUGGGCGUCGCAGAAGGUAUCCCGCGACCAGAUGAAGAGCCGCUCCAUGCGAAUAUACCAAGGGACAAUCAUGGUGUACCUACCGACAUGCUCGGGGCGAUGAGUCCUCAGACAGACUACAGAACAAUGCCGGCGGGCACUUACACCGAGACAAUCUCAACAGGCCUAGUCAGGAUAAUCGUCGUCAACGAACCGACGCCUACAACGGGCAAUCCAGCAAAAUGUCCAGUUGAGUGUGAUUGCACAAGGAUAAAAGAUAAGGACAGCGAUGACAUGCAGACCAUGCAGAGAGCCAAAUCUGACUGCUUCAUCGACGAUAAAGCCAAAGCCAACAUCAUGUCCCGCUGA